AGGAAGUAAUUCCCCUGCAAAUGAAUCGUGACAUUGACCGUGUUACCGAACUGUUUGUCCCAGAAAACGCAAUAGAAAAAACCAAAUCCGAAGCACUAUUACUUCCUCGACUUGACAUUAGUAAGAUGGACACACAAUGGGUACAAGUAUUGGCUGAAGGCUGGGCAGCUCCACUUGGUGGUUUCAUGAACGAAGAAGAAUAUUUACAGACUUUGCAUUUCAAUAGUUUUAGUGAGGAUGUUAACCAAUCCAUACCUAUUGUUUUGCCCAUAACCACUGAUAAAAAGGAACAGCUAUUUGGCUGUGAAGAAAUUGCUUUAUGGUAUAAUUCAAAACCGAUAGCAAUACUUCGUAAACCAUCAUUCUAUCCCCACCGUAAAGAAGAACGAGUAUGUCGUCAAUUUGGAACAUCGCAUCCCAAUCAUCCUUAUAUAAAAACAAUUUAUGAAAGUGGUGAUUGGUUGGUUGGUGGUAACUUAGACGUUAUAGAAAGGAUCUUAUGGAAUGAUGGUUUGGACGAUAUUCGUUUCACACCAAAUGAACUCCGUGCAAAAUGGAGAGAAAUGAAAGCAGAUGCAAUAUUUGCUUUCCAACUUCGAAACCCAAUACAUAACGGCCAUGCACUAUUGAUGCAGGACACUAAGAAAAAACUUCUUGAACGCGGAUAUAAGAAACCAGUGUUACUGUUACACCCUCUUGGUGGCUGGACAAAAGACGAUGAUGUUCCACUUCAUGUGAGAAUACUUCAACACAAAGCUGUACUUAAAGAUGGAAUUUUGGAUCCAGAAAAUACUGUGUUGGCUAUUUUCCCAGCACCUAUGAAUUAUGCUGGACCUACAGAGGUGCAAUGGCAUGCCAAAGCUCGUAUGUCUGCCGGAGCAAACUUUUACAUUGUGGGCAGGGAUCCAGCAGGAGUUCCCCACCCAGAUCCUAACACAUCGGGUGAUUUAUUUGAUCCCACUCAUGGUGCUCGUGUGUUGACUAUGGCACCAGGACUGUCAGACUUGGAGAUCAUUCCCUUUCGUGUAGCAGCCUACGACAAAACAAAAAAAGCCAUGGACUUUUAUGAUUCUACCCGGCAUAAUGAUUUCAACUUCAUUUCUGGCACAAAAAUGAGAGGUCUCGCCAAAGAUGGUGUCGAACCACCUGCUGGGUUCAUGGCAUCU